UAUUUAAGAACAUAGAGAUACAAUGUUUUGACUCAUUGGUUUUGUUUUGAGAAGCAGAAACUCACCAAAGUUCUUUCUCAUGUGAAAGGUGGAGAAAUGGGAAUGAGAUAAUGUUUUAAUUAUUUGAUCAAAGGAAAAAAGAUUGCAAAAAGUGUAACUUCUAUUACAUUUUGAUAAAUGGUAAAAUAGGCAGUCUCACUGGGAUGGGAUUUGGAGGCUCUGUUUACAGUGGAUCAAUUCAUUUCUGAGGGGUGAACUCGGAAGGCAAUGCUGGGGGACUCUUGUUUGUCACCUUUGCCUCUGAGGUCCUUUGGAGCUCUGUUUUCUUUCCCAUGGUCUUUUAUAUAUACAUGAGACUGCUUAAAGAGGUCAUCCAGAAUUUGGGUGUUUGCUGCUAUCAAUACAUUCCAUUAUUCUUUUCCACCACAAAAUACUGCCUCAAUUCCAAACCAGUCAUCAGUAAUGGACUGGGUGAAGGCUAACAAAGAACUGCAGCCAGAAUCUUGGACAUGUUACAACAAGUUCAAUUGCUGCCAGUUUCUUUUGGGGCACAAUUCAAAGCACUGGUUAUGCCCUAAAAAGGCCUGUAUGAGAUCCAGGCUAUCAGGCAGAGAAGAUUUUCCUAUAUGAGCCUACCUGGGCCCUGAGAUUAUCAGAAGAAGCCCAUCUCGAGAUCCCACCCUGUUACCAGCACAGUUGAUGGGGACAAAAACAGGGCCUUCUCAGCAGCUGUCCCUUGGCUCUAGAUGUUCCUUACUAGGGAAGUCAGAGGAGAAGAAGCAAGAACUUUAUUUUAGGUUUGCGCAAAUUUGUAUCGGCCAACACUAGGUAUCAAAAUGAGCAACUCCCACCAAGCAAUCUUGGUAGGACUAAUUUAAUACUCCUAUUCUGUACUCACCUGAUGUUCCACAUGUUAUGAUUCACUAAUUGGUUAAUGUUACACCAUAUCCUAUGCACAUGCAUGUGGUUUUUAACAUACAUAGUCAGUGUACUUUCUAUAAACAGAAAGAUACAUUUUGGUGUCUAUGCUGCAUAUGACUUUUAAAAUCAGACCAAAGUUCUGUUUGACAAAGGGAGCAAGGUCUUUGGUUUUCUGUUAGUUGUAUGGCUGAGAUAUUUAUAGCCACUUCCUCUUUUCAGGGAGCACUGAAAAUUUCCUGAAUAGUGUGCCCAUCUUAUGUGACUAACCUACAAUUCUGGUUUUAUUUAUUAAACUAUUAACACUCUGCCCUGUAUGAAAAUAUCUAAGAUCUUUGCCUAUCAACACUUUGCCCUGAAAUGGUGAAAACAUCACCACAGAUGGCUGCCUUUUGCUACUCCAUCACCUCUCAUGCCUCUCCUGAGCAUGACACUUCCCCCAUCACAUGAGGGAAGUGUUGCCAAAGCAGUGCUGAAGUGUGCUGGUUCCAUUAGGGCCAGCACAUCAUGGGAACCUUCCCGUGUUAGGAGGGAAGUGUCCUAGUACACUUUCACUGAGGUUGGGGAUGGGGCUUCAACAGGAAGUCCAGCGACUUCAUGUGAUGAGCAGCAUGCCCAUCCAUGCUGUGCUAUACCUUUAGGACCCUAAAAAAGGUAAGUGUGAUGAGGUCCGUAGAUAAGCUAAGAUAUGCUCACUUGCAUUCUUUUUCUCGCACAUCCACACACCUGAAUGCUUUAUGAGCUUAUAUCCUGAAUGACUGUUCAAUUUGGGUACAAUUUGGAAAGGAGGCAAGAAUUCCUGCCUUCAGACACAUGGGACUGCAAUAUUGGUUCUACUUUCUCUGCACAUCCUUUCAUCCCUUCCCACUUGCUCCUACUGGACAACGUUCAGAAUUUCAAGUCUCAUUUCUAGGAAAUCAAAACUAAGCAGGAUUCAGUUUCUCAUCUAUUUUCAAGAAUUGCCCUCUGCCUGUUAUUUGGGUUUUACUGUGGCUCCUGAUUGGAAGUAAUAAACCUAGCUAAGAUAUCAUCUGAAGCACCUUAUAAUUCAGUGAAAUAAAUGAGGUAAUAAAAACCUUAUAAGGAAAAGCUUGAAGUUAGAGAAAGUGAGAAAGGUAAGAGUCCAAUAGGGCUUAAAAAACAUGAGCUUGCCAAUUCAUUAACUAAAUUCCAAAGGUUAAAAAAAUAUACUAAUUUGAAUUAUAACCCCCAGAAUUCUAGCUGUAGUUUCUGAAUACAUGUUAUGUUGAAAUGUUGAAAACAAGUAUGAAAAAGUAGAAGAAAAGUAAAUAAAGGUAAAACAUUAUCAAUGUAAUUAAAACUGAGUCGCUGCUCUGGCACAAUUCAAAAUGCUGUUAUGACCAGUUUAUUUAAGAGCACAAUUCAUAGUCCAAAUUAUUAAUCUUUGUAUGACUCAGAUCUGGGCUAUCAGCCAGACUGGAUUUUCCCGUAUAAGCCUGCCUAGACCUUGAAGUCGCCAAGAGAGCCCUUUCUCUCAGACCCACCUCUGCCACAAGCACAGUGUGGACGUGAGGCAGGGACCUCUUGGCAGCUGCUUCUAACCCAAUAUAUCUGAAAGGCACCAGAUUGGGAAGGGCUGUUGUGCACCUAAUUCCCUUGGACGAGAUGAUCAAAACUAUCAGGAAAAUGCUGAGAUUUAUAUAACAUCUAAGAAGAAAGGUAACAGGUGGACUAAUUAACAUCUGAUUAACAGGAUGUGGGUUGCUGUUAGCUGGGUAAAUAUGUACAUUUCAAAGGAGACGACGUUGCACAGACAUUAUACUCUGAAUGGAAACUGCUUAAAUGCAAUUAGCCCUCUACUAGGGGAAGCACAAUGGUGACUUCCUAUUUUUACUAGCAUAUUCUGCCCAAUAGAAAUGGUUCUAAACCUCAUAUAAUCAGAUUGAUUCCAGGUAUGAUUUUAAAUUAAUCAUACUGAAAAUGCACAUUUUCAUUAUCUACUGUUUUUCUUAAUCAUCCUUUAGAAAAUACUGCCCCCCCCCACCCCAAAAAAACAAAACCCCUAUGUGAGGUGUUACACAUGUACACACACACUACCGAUCCAAUUCAAGCAAUUUCUUUGUUGUCCUCUUCUGCUUUCCUCCACCUCCUCCCCCCAAAUGUCUGAUAAGCCACUGAUGUGGUCAAACCCACUCACUUUAUGAGCUUAGUUUCACUUUUCUUUUCCAUUAAUUACAUUGAACUUGUCUUUACUGCUUUCCGGUGCCUCACAGAGAGCUCUGCCAUUUCAGUUCAAUAAACAACCAAGGUAGGUGUGAAACCUACAGCAGAGACUUCAUUGUCAGGAGCUCAGUGAAUCUGUGAGUCUGAACUUUAAAGGAAAGAGCCAAAAUGCUGGUCCUAUUCUGGGGGAGACAGAUAGCUCCAUGACAUUUAAACUACUGCAAAACAGAUGUACCAUCCCACCCUACCACAGAAAAGGAAACUUCUGGUCUGCUAAUAAACAAACUUGAAAUAAGCUCAGGUUGAGAAGAAAGAGCCAACAGAUAUUUGCUAAAAUGACUUCCAAAGAACACAAAGUUUGUGAAGAAGAACUGGAGUAUGAUGACGUCUUGGGAGUCUCAAAGGAUCUGCUGUAUGAAUUCAGUGAUGACUGGUGGCGAAGCCUUCUGAAUGAAGAUGGAGCUUAUUUGAUGGAAAUGCCACAGGACAUGAAUCUAGAGAGAAAUGAAGAAAAUGGAUUUGGGGAUGAAAUGGACGAUAUCCAUUUGGUCCACUUUCUUGAAGAAUUUCCUACCCAGAAAAAAAAGAUUGAAAAGUUCAUCCAAUGUCUUCAAGAAAUUGCAGACAGCAUUGACAAGACCCACAAGGACUGCACCAUCGCCACCAUUGCUGCCAACUCUGGAGGUGCCACUGCCAGCAUCUUAAGCAUUCUGGGAUUGACUUUGGCCCCUGUCACAGCUGGUGGGAGCUUAAUCCUGUCUGCUGCUGGAAUGGGUUUAGGGGCCAUGGCAGGAAUCACUGGUUUGUCUACUGCUGUAAGUGAAAAUGUUGUUAAUUCCAAGGAAUUGAAAAGAGCAGAGGACCUAAUAACCAAAUGCCAAAAAAGCCUAAGAAACAUAUAUCCCCAUAGAACUUAUUUCCAGUCUGAAUGUCCAGUGAAUAAUGGAAAUACAAAGAAAAUCAUUAAACAGCUUGUUUCCAGCGCUGCCAGUCAGUUUCCAAAAAUCUAUGAGGCUACAAAGGGAAUCCAAAGAAAUGUCAAGGUCCUCAAGAUUGUUAAAGCUAAUCCUGCCAUGAAGGCUUUGGCCAAGCGAGCAGCAGCUACAGGAAGCACAUCCAGGAAGACAAUCAGUGGUAUAAGAAAGGCCUUUGCAGGAACCCCUCUUGCAAUGACCAAAGGAGUCCGAAUACUGGGUGCUGCCUCACUGGGGCUGUUUCUCCUGUUUGAUGUAUACAACAUUGCCCAAGACGCCAAACACAUAACAGAGGGAGCCAAGGCAAAAACAGCAGAAGAGAUCAGAGAGAAGACCAAGGAACUGGAAGAGGAGCUGUACAAUCUCAACAAGCUCUAUGAAGAACUGAAAGAAGUAUUUUGAGUUAAAAAAAAGUCAAUGAGCCAGACAACCUGUCUUUAUGAUGUAUUCCUUUUUGUUGUCAUUCAUUUUAUUGUUGUGUGCCUUCAAGUUGUUUCCAACUUAUGGUGACACCCUAAGGUGAAACUAUCACAGGGUUUUUGGGGCUGAAAGGGUGGGGGGUAGAUUUGGACCUUGGUCUCCAGAGUCAUAGUCCAAUACUCAAAUUACUCUACCAUAUACCCAUAUAACAUCAAAUAAUAGUCACCGCCAUAUAAUUAUGACACACCCAAUAUUGUAUUUUUGUUUUCUUCACAUAAUAGUCACACACCCUUUUAGAACUGAUUCCCUCUUCCUUCCUACUAAGAACUCAUUGGAGACAGUGUGGAAUUGGAAUUUUGCCUUUGCAUUGUACUCAGGGAAAAGCAAAACACUUUCCCAAAAAAAACGUUACCAGUAAAUUUUCUAAUGUCACUAGAAAUGUUUCUGUUGGGUAUUAUGGAUGAAGAAUUGGAUAGUAAAUGUAAAUCACUUUUUUGAUACAUGACAAUAACAAGAAUAUUGUUUGCUCAGGGAGAUGGACUAAAGCACCAAUUAUGCAACAAUGAAUUGCUAAGGUCGCUGAGUUAGUCUAACUAACAAAAGCUUUUAUAUGAUAAGCCAGUUGAUCAUUUUCUAAAUAAUUGGAAAACACUGGCGAGCUUUUUGAGCUAUAAUAAAUCUAAUGAUGUAAUUAUAUAUUGUUGCACUUAUUAUUAAUUAAUAUGAUUAUUUAGUUGGAUCUAUAUUUUUUAUUUUAGUUUUCUUUUUUAAGAGUUAGGAUUGCGAGAUGGUGGCAUUGCUGUGUUUUAGGCAAUUAUUGUUUUAGUAUUGUGUUUUGUUUUAGUUAUAUGUUCUCUUUCUUCUUUUUUCUCUCUUCCUUUUCCUGCUUUUCCUUUUAAUGCAUAUUAUUUUGAUUGUGUUAAAGCUGAUAAAUAAUUCUGUUUU